CCCCUGCCUGGGCCGGGCUCUCCCGUUCCUCCCGGGCGCUGCUGGGGGUUGUUUUCCCCACCCAGGAGCGAGGCUCCCCUGCCUGCAAGGGAGGCAGCGUGUUUGUAAACAUGCUUCCAGACAGGCCGGGCCGUGCGCCGCCGCCCGGGUUAACCCACGCGGGAGGCAGCGCUGCGGCGAGUUCGAGCCACGGCGAGAUGCAGCCGGCCCCACUGCCGUUCUACAGGAAGCUCUGUUACGCCAUAGGGGGUGCUCCCUACCAAAUGACAGGAAAUGCCCUUGGGUUCUUCCUCCAGAUCUUCCUACUGGAUGUUGUGCAACUGGAACCGUUCCAUUCCUCUCUGAUCCUCUUCCUCGGGCGAGCCUGGGACGCAGUUACCGACCCCGCUGUCGGCUUCCUGAUCAGCAAGAGCCCCAGGAGGAGGCUUGGCAAGCUGAUCCCGUGGAUUGUCUCCUCCACGCCAUUCGGGGUGGUCUUCUACUGCCUGGUCUGGUCCACCCCCUCGGACGCCAUGCCUGUCUCCCUCAAGUUCCUUUGGUACCUGACCAUGUACUGCUUCUUCCAGACAAGCAUGAGUUGCUAUCAUGUGCCAUAUUCCUCCCUGACCAUGUUUCUGGGAGGGAAUCAGCGAGACCGGGACUCGGCCACUGCCUACAGAAUGGGGGUGGAGGUGUUCAGCACACUGGUCGGCUCGGGUAUCCAGGGGCAGAUAGUCGGCGGGUACCACGCCAGCAUGAUGAAAAGCUGCAGCGUGCCCAAUGGGACUCUGUACAACAGCACCUCCGCGGGGCUCAGCGACACCUUGGAGAACACACGCAGGGCGUACGUGAUCGCCUCCAUGGUCCUGGGCUCACUCUACUGCAUGGCCUGCCUGAUUCUCUUCCUCGGAGUGAAGGAGCAGCCUGGGCCCCUCAGUCCCUUGGGAAGGACCCAGCUGCCCUUCUGUCACAGCCUGCGGAUAAUCCUGGGACACCUGCCCUAUGUCUGGCUGCUGGGUGGCUUCCUCUUCAUGUCCCUGGCCUUCCAGAUCGCUCAGGGGAUCUUUGCCUUUUUCUGCACACACGCUGCUGGGCUGGCUGGGAGGUUCCAGCAUCUGAUGCUCAUCAUGCUGGUCGUGGCUUCCCUCUCCAUUCCCUUCUGGCAGUGGUUCCUGGUGCGCUUUGGGAAAAAACCCGCCGUGUUCGUGGGCCUAUCAUUAAUUAUCCCCGCCCUCAUCGUUAUCACCCUAGUGACUCACAACUUCCUGGUCUUCGUCUUCAUGGUGGUAUUAGCGGGAUGCAGCAUGGCUGUCCUCUACUUGUUACCCUGGUCCAUGCUACCAGACGCGGUGGAUGAUUUCAGGCUGAAGAACCCGAACUAUCUAAACCUGGAAGCUUUUUUCUACUCGUUCUAUGUUUUCUUCAACAAGUUUGCAGGAGGACUCUCCUUGGGGAUAUCAACAAUGAGCCUACAUUUUGCAGGUUACAGAGCCAGUGACUGCACACACAACCCCUCUGUCAUCCUCACGCUGCAGAUACUCAUGGCCCCUGUCCCAAUAACCCUGCUGCUCAUUGCCAUGGCCAUAUUCUGCUUCUACCCCAUCGAUGAGGAGAGGAGGAAACAGAUGAGGGUGGAGAUGGAGGCAGCUGGUCAUUGGGUAAAGAAUGAAAACCCAGGGUAAACUAAACCUUGAGCCAAUGCCGGGAAAUUCACUUGGAAAGAAUCCAGUAUUGCUCCAUGGCCACGAGGAUGCAUCAGUGUAAUUUAAAGGCUCAGCUGCCUGUUGUUGCUGAUUUUCCCCAUCACAAAGGACACAGCUCUGCUCACUGCCUUUCCCUGCGCCAGCCCAGCCCUGCAGUGCUUCUGCAGUGAGGCCUGCAGAGCUGGCGUGACCCCACAGCACUGCGUUCUGCAUGGCUUAGCUUUUGCUUUUCUGGCUGCUCUGGCACACUCAAAACAGGACCACAGGGUGGGGGGGAUGUGGGGAGAAAAGAGAGAGUUUAUCUUUGGAAGAUCAGGAUCAUUAGUAUCGAGAGCUAAGUUUUGGAGGAAAUAAAAUUUUUUUGGAAGGGUAUUGUAUGCAUAAUAUAUUUCUAGGUCAUCAAACUGGCAAGAUGAAGUCUCCUGCACUGUACUAACCCACCCCUCUCAUUAGGAACAAAGGAAUUGUCACACCAGAACAGACAGAUGGUCCAGCUCAUCCAGGAUCCUAUCUCUGAUAGUGGAAUGGUCAAUGCUGGCUGCUUCAGAGGAAGGUGUGAAACACCUCCUUAAUGAUCCUGACUGAAUAAUACUGUACC